GGCGUUUGGCGGGCACACGGCGGGAGCUGCGAAGGGGAAGCGGCGGGAACGGCUCCGGGAUGUCGGUUAAGAGAGCAUUAAAUUUGGACACUGUUAAAAAAGAUAAUGCACCUGAUGCAACCCCCCUGAAGGCCAGAAGGAGCAACCUGAACUUCUACUCGCCGACCACGGGCACGUGCCAGCUGAGUCCCUGCUCCUCUCCCAGCAGUGACAGGGCACAGAACCCCAGCAGUGCCCCAGCAGAGGGAGAUGGGAACGAGCAGAGCAAAUCCAAGAGCGGAUUAUCCAGGAGAGGGCAGCCUCAAACAGAGCACGACGUGUUCCUGCAACUGCACUCCCAAGUGAGAAAUUCCUUGCCCAGAAUUCUGAAACUAAGAGCAAAUCUGACAAGCCUGAAGGCUUUGGAGGGCAGUAGAGAGCUAGAAAACAUCCUCGGAGUCUCACACUCGUCCUGUGUCCUGAGUGCUGAGCUGCAGAAAACCCGAGCGCUGGUGAGUCAAGCAGAAAAACUGCAGCUGUUCAAAGCAAACCAUGGAAAAGUCCCUGCCCGAGAGCACAUCCAGGCUGGGAGUGCUGCAUUCUUCACCUCAUUCCUGGACAGAAGGAAGGAGCCCCUGGGCCUGCUCCCAGCACCAAGGCACAGCCAGAGUGACCAGGACCAAGGCAUUAUGUGAAAAAUGCAUUCCACAUCAACCCAAACUUCUCCAUCUGCUGGACUGGACUUAAAAGGAGCGAAGAACUGCGUGUAAACCAAUCUCCCCAGCAAAUCCCAGCUGGGGAGCGCUCGCUGUGCCGGGCAGGUGCACGUCCAGAUAACAUUUCUGGCAUCUAUUUCAACUUAACAAUGUGCACAAGCAGAUAAUCUCAAUGUAAAUAAUCCACCCCGGGCACUGUGCAGCCCUGUGCCCUGGGGCUGGUGCUCUGGGCUCUGAGGGCUUCUCCAGCACUGCCUGGGCUCUGGGGCUGGAGGGAGAUCUGCAGUGCCAGCAAUUCAUUAUUCCCACCCUGGAUGUGCUUUAGUUGUUUGCAAACAUUUCCCUGGUGGUGCUGCCGUGGCUGGGGACAGAUCUGUCACCCACACGAGGCUUCCUCCAAAGUCAACGCCAGCCCCAGGGUAAAAAGGCCUCAGCCUCUGACCCAGCAUUAACACACAGGGCUCUGGUAACGUUUGCUUUUAGGUCAACAUUUGAGUUUAGUUUUGGCAUUUAAUGCUGUAGGAGCAAAGUUUUAUAUAAACCAAUCUUUUUUAUAAACCAGCUGCUUUUCUCUUUCCUUCUCAGCCUCACCACUCCAGCCAAGUGAAUCCCCUGCCUCUCAACUCCUUGCAAUUAGGCUGAAAAAGUGCAGUAAAACUAUUUAUUCUUAUUAAAGUCCAGCAAAAACACAAACACUUGAAUGUCCUUUCUACCACUGCAAAGUCCCAUCCUCAAAUAAACUGGUUUUUACAAGUAAAAUUCUGAGCACCAGCAUGAUAAAGGUGUUCAGGAUGUGGCUGAGCACGCACACGCUCAAGCUUCGGGAGUUUUCAAUUAAUAAAAAUGAUUUUGCACUU